UAUGGUUAAAGCAUUGUUCAGCUUAUCACUUAAAGUAGGAACACCCAACAUUACAAAUACUGUGAAAGUUAAAACUAUUUUUGUGAAAAACUAACGUAACCGUUUGGAUUACUGUGCGCCAGAAAUAAAUGAGUUACUUUGAGGGAUACUGCGGCUGUGUAAUAUCGACCUAGAAGUUUCAGUUUUCUACCACGUGAAAAUGAAACACAAGACGAUACAGCUCAUGUUGACAUUGCUAAUACUCGUGACAUUAACAGGUCAUUCCUACCAGCAAUCUCCUAGAGUACACGAUAUUCCUAAUUAUGUGCAAAAGUCAGAAAGUUUCCAAAACGGUAGUGUUUUGUUCAGCGUCACAGCCACACAUCCAGACAUUAACGAAGAAAUUGUAAUACACACAGUUGGAGCGAUGACGUCAAGUAUGGUGUUUAUUAACCAGACCCAUGGAAGUAACAUCAGAGUCGACGUCAUUACAAAAUCAGAGCUUGACAGAGAUGGAGACGAUAGAGGACUUCCUGGUCAGGAAAGCUUUGUUCUUAGAUUCAAAGCAACAGAUAUAAGAACUAAUGAGUUAUUUUUUAACGUGCAACUAUAUAUCAUAGACACCAAUGACAACUUUCCAGUACUUCAUAACUGGCCGUACACUUGGGAAAUUAAAGAGUUGCCAUACUUUGGAAAUAAUACGUAUAAUAAUGUUAAUGCAUCGGAUUUAGACAACGGAAACUUUGGAGAUGCAGGAAUUAGAUACAAAAUGAAGCCAACCACACAGUCUAACAAGACAGCAGAAGAAUACAUUGAUACGUUUGAAAUGAACGAGAUAACGGGCAUUGUAUCAUUAAAAAAAGAAUUAGACUACGAAACAAACAGUUAUUAUCAGUUUAAAGUGACAGCCCAGGAUGAUAAAGGAAAUGGAAAUACUGGAGAUCCAGCUGAUCUAAUAAUUAGAGUAUUAGACGUUCAGGAUACAGCACCAUUCUUCACAGGAAUACCAUACAGGCAAACAAUACAGGAAAAGGCAAAAUUAAAUAAGUAUGUGGUGACAGUUGCAGCUAGAGAUGGAGACACGGGUGUACCGAAUCCUGUAAAUUAUACAAUUCUACCUGGAAACUGCUCAACGCUGUUCAACAUAAGCCAGGAUGGUGAAAUUAGAACUGCAGGCGAAAUAGACAGAGAUUUUGGAGACAUUCAUACUGUAGCUGGCGUCUGUAUACUCAACAUUUUGGUCCAAGAGGUAGAGCAAUAUCACGGUCAUCAGUAUGGUAAUACUACUGCUACUACAGAAGUUACCAUAACAGUGGAAGAUUUAAACGACAACCCGCCUAAAUUCGGAAACGAAACGUACAUGGCUAAGGUGCAAGAGAAUACUCCUGAAGGUGUUCCUAUAACGCUUAUAGGGUCGUCUGGUAUUACGAUUGAUGAUGCAGAUGAGGGUGUAAAUGCAAGGGUCGAACUUUCACUUUUAUAUCCAAAUGGAACAGAAUGCCAUGAUUUCAGUAUAUCACCAGCAACUAUCCAAAAAUCAGGUUCUGUCUUGAUAAGGGUUGUCAGACCACAGCUGCUUGAUUUUGAGACUAUACAGAGUAUAACCAUUCUAAUCAUAGCACACGACAAUUCAAACGCAAAUCAAACCGCAACGGUUUUAUUGUCCGUUACCGACAUGAAUGACAACAAUCCACAAUUUCAAAACUCGAGCUACAAUUUUUACGUCGCAGAAAACUCUAAUUCAAGUACAUCUGUUGGAACAAUCACAGCAAUGGAUGAGGACUCUGACAAGUACGGGAACAUAACAUAUUCAAUAUCGGGAGGGAACAACAGAUUUGAGGUUGAUCGAUACACUGGCAAAAUAACUACAAAAUGCACUAAAUGCCCCGAAGAACUUGAUCGAGAGAAGGUCGAUAUUUAUUACAUGACCUACACCGCGACAGACUUUGGAGGACGAGGAAGAAGCAACUCUACAUCUCUAAUAAUACAUAUUACUGACGAGAAUGAUAACAUACCUGAAUUCUAUAGAAACCUGUCUACUGCCUUCAUUGAUGAAAAUGAUUCAAAAUACAAUACGACACCUGUUGUUAAACUUGAGGCGACUGAUCGGGACCAAGAAGGAACAAAUAACAGGAAGGUCAUAUAUAGCAUUCUGACUAUAUCUGAAAGUCAUAUGUUCGACAACAUAAGCAUACAUAACAUCACUGGUGAACUUUUUCUGAACAAUCCAGUAGAUUUUGAAGAACUGAAUAACAAAUCCGGAAUUAUACAGAUAAUUGUUGAAGCACGUGAUCUCGGUAAACCUUCUCUGGCUUCGAAUGCAACCGUUUUGAUACAUGUACAAGACAUCAACGACAACUAUCCGAAAUUUAAUCAAUCGCUGUUUCAUGAAGAAAUAACUGAAAAUUCAACGUCAAAAAUUGGACAAUUGACCACUGUCGGAAUAGUUUCUGCUUCUGAUGCCGAUGGUACAGAUCGGAACAGUAAAUUGCAAUAUUUUAUCCAAGCUGGUGCAAUGGACCACUUUGCAAUAAAUCCAAGUAGUGGCGAGAUUUAUGUGCAAAUCGGUGCGAAACUUGACAGAGAAACAACAAAAUUCGGCUAUAAUAUCACCAUUAUAGCGAUUGAUCAAGGUUCGCCACCACGGAAUGGUACAACUACACUUCACAUUGAUAUACUUGAUGUAAAUGACGCGUUACCAGUAUUUAACCAGUCAGAAUAUUCGGCUUCUAUUCUUGAAAGUGCACAAACUGGGACGACUGUAACGUCCUGCGUAGCAACAGAUGCCGAUACCAAUAACGAUCUAAGAUAUACCAUAGUAGAUGUAGAGGCAACUAAUGAAUAUGGUGGUUAUGUUAACUCUACAACGGUCAAGGACUACUUUGGAGUAAAUCAAACCAGUGGUUCAGUUUAUGUCAAAGGCGACCUUGACAGAGAAACUGCUAAAACUGUUGUUCUUACAAUCAAAGCUGAGGACCUGAAUGCCUUUAAUCCUAGUCCACAAACCGCAACAGCCUCACUGACUAUAACUCUAUUAGAUAUCAACGACAACUAUCCAAAAUUUAAAGGACUGCCAUAUAAUGUCAGUGUGAGUGAAAAUGCACAAGAUCCUACAAUUCUUCUCACGAUUAGUGCAACUGAUCCAGACGAGAACAGGACAAUUACAUACCAACUCAGCAAUACAUCAACCGAAUCAAAUUCAUUUGAUGUAAUCCCGGAUACAGGUGUUCUCCGAAAGAAUGGACAUCUUGACAGAGAAGACACUUCAGUUGUAACGCUAAACGUAAUUGCCACAGAUAAUGGCGUACCUCCAUUGAGCUUAUCUGAAGAAGUCAUUGUAACUGUACUAGACUUCAAUGAUAACAAGCCGGAAUUUGUGAACUUCAUAAAUGAAACAAAUGUUCCAGAGAAUGCCUCUCCAGGCUAUUUUGUAGUCAAGGUUUCAGCAUCCGAUGUCGACGAUGGUCUAAAUGCAUAUGUGACCUACGAUAUAGAGGAAGGAGCUGACGGAAAGUUUUCUAUCAAUACCACCAGUGGACGUAUUGAAGUAUCAGCUGCGCUGGACAGAGAAACGAAGCCCGUUUAUACAUUAAGGAUCAAAGCACAAGACAACCCACUGAACCCAAAGGAACAGAAGUCCACAUCAAGUAUUUUAACUAUUAAAAUAGAUGACAUAAACGAUAACAGUCCAGACUUUGUGUACCAGUUAUAUAAUGUGAGUCUUUUAGAGAAGACAGAGGUUGGAACGUCGGUGAUUCAAGUUUUGGCAGUUGAUAAAGACCAAGCAGAAACAAACAAUAGUUUAAUCAGCUAUUUCUUUAUGAACGACACUUCACCAGCUGGUCUGUUCCUCAUAAAUCAGGCUUCUGGUGAAAUCUUUGUAAACAGUUCAUUGAUAGGAUAUGCUGGUUCAUAUGUUCUUGGUCUGGUUGCUGAAGACCACGGAGAGCCCCCAAAGAAGAAUAUAUCGGCUGUCAAUAUUACGGUGCUUGACGUCAACCUGCAUUCGCCAGAAAUAACAAACUUGCCUAGUGAGAACUUAAUCAAAGUUUACGAGUGUGUUAGCUUGGGAUAUGAGGUGCAUCACUUUAACUACUCGGAUGCUGACAGGGGUAUAAAUGCACAGGCUGACUUUAAUAUCAGUGAAAUAGAUGUAGCUGACAGCAUUUUCGACACCUUUAAAAUGGAAGCUAGUGGGAGUUUAAAAGUCAUUAAGAAGCUUAACGCUAUGGUUCAAAAUACAUAUAGGUUUCAAAUACACGUGACAGACAGAGGUGUACCACCGUUGCCAUCCGACAAGACAACCAUUACAGUUAAAGUAAUCGAUGUGGACGAUCAUCUUCCGUCAUUUACUAAGGGCAACGCAACAUUUAAUGUGAAAGAAAACCAACCAGCUGGUAUUUCCGUUGGUAAGGUAUCUGCACAUGACCAAGAUCGUGACUCCGAUGCUUGUUACGAAAUUAAAGAGGACGAUAUGACUAAACUAUUUACCAUUGGUUUAAAUAAUGGCAGCAUUGUUACACUGAUGGAAUUUGACUACGAAAAUAAAACUGCUUUCACAUUCACUGUACAAGUUAAGGAUUGUUCUAUCAACCUUAACGUAAGUGAAUGCGAGAACAUUACACAUGUAAAUCAAGACAAUUAUACAGACACUAUUAAUGUUACGGUAAAUGUGAUUGAUGUGAACGACAACCCACCGGUGUUCAAAUUAGAUGAGAUCACAGUUGGAAUGAGAAGAGUAACAGAAGUAAACACGACAUUGGACUUAUCUCUUAAGACAAGUGAUUAUAUCGAAGACAAUGACACAGAUGCAAACGGUAAACAAGCAUGGGUCUUCACCAAUGCUGGUGAUAUACAGACAAGCUCCUCCUUAAGCGGUAAAAUUAGUCCGCUAGGCGGUGUAAUGCAUUGCUCAAGCGACAAAAAGCGGCACAUUGUCUGUGUGUCUGGUAACGGAUCCUUGAUAAACAACAAGUAUUACAGUGAAGACAUUUCUGGCUACUUUGUGUUACCGGUAAACGUGAGCGAUGCGGCUGGAAGAGAUACAGUCAGGAUUAAGAUAUUCCUAAUAGGUGACUCACAGAUUCUUAUCAUGACAGUACUGGGAAAUAAGGAAGUGAUAGCAGAGACCAAAAAUGACAUUUUGAAGAUAUACAGUAAAGUCACUGGUUAUGAGUUUGUUUACGACUGGCUUGAGGACCAUAAAACACCGGACGGAAAAGUUGAAACCUUCAAGACAGAUCUUUACUUUCAUGUGGUUGACACGAAAACUGAUCGUGUACUUUCUGUAAGCGAAGCUCUUAGAAUUGUCGAUAAUAAUUAUGAAGCGUUACUACAAGCCAUGCAGGAAUUCAGUGUCUUACAAGUAGUUUCAAGCGUGAAGGAAGCUCCGGAGGAAGAUAGCUCUAUUAAGACUGUAUACAUUCUGGCUGCAGUGAUAGCAGUUCUUGCUCUUACUGUAGCUAUUGUCGUUUAUGUUUCACUCACAACUAGGAAUACCUACAAACGAAAAUUGAAGGCAGCUAUGGUUAAACCACAAGAUAUUCAUGACGUAUCUGAAAAGAACAAAACUGUAGUUCCGGGAAGCAACAUGUAUUCUAGGCAGGCAAACCCAUUGUUACACGCCGAAAUUCCAGAGAAAAUAGAAUAUGAUAAUCUGAGCAUGGGAAGUCACAACUCUCUGGACUCUAAUAGUGUAGGAGACCUAAGGCAGGAAGGUGACUAUGACCAAAUGGAAGAGAAAGAAGUGAGAAUGGAUAUGUUUACAGAGGAUACAGACUACUCUACCAUACCUGAAGAUCCUCUUGAAGCUGCGCUAAAGCAUUAUGACAUGCAGAACAUGCAAAACAAGCAAGAUAGUCACAGUACAGAUGCCAUUGUUUCUCCACAUGACAUAGAUUCUCUGCAGUUUGAGAACAAGGCUUAUGUUGGAGAGUUUGAGAGCACAGAAAUAUGAACAAUCAAAAAAAUUAAUGACUUCGUUUGUAUAGUGUUUAUGUUUUAGUCAUUGUCUUUCUGAUUUUGUUUUUACAUUGUUGGCAUUUUUGUUGUAUCUAUUUUCUCCUUGAUAUUUUGAUAUUUUACUAGAGUGACAAUGUUUAUUGUUGUGCCUCAAUUUGAUACAUUCAUGCUAUCUUUUUUUACCUUCAAAUUCCACCUCCAAAUCCCGUAUCAGGUUAAUGUUUAGAAUUAUGUAACUGUACGAGAAGCAUUCCCGAAUGGGAAGGUCAGUGUUUUCUUGCAUACCAGACGGGUCUUUCUGAUGUCUUUAUCGUCGCUAGAAAAGUCUUUGUAGUACAACUUGUGCUGUAAAUGACGCAUAACGAACCGCAUUUAUGUAGUGAAUUUGUGAAGUAUAUCAAACCGGACAAAAUUCAAAUACCCUGAUAAUUCCUCUUUGUUCCUUACAUUGUCUUUCUCGAGUCAUAAAUCGUUGUUAUUUGAAAAAAAAAAUACGUUACUUUAAAAUGAAACGGGAAUCUGAAAUGUCAUGAUUUCCCGCACACUGCUUAAAUACGCUUCUGUAAGAAAAUCAUAUAAUAAACUUAAGAGUGUCAGUAGAUUGAUUUUAUUUUUACUAUUAUUCAGUGAAUAAACUUAGUACUUAGUAGUGUAUAAAAAAGUUGGAUUGAAAUAUUCGGCUGGCGGAUAACUAUCAACGCCCUAACUCGGCAGAGCCUCGUUACCGCAUAAACGCUUACUCAGAUUUUCCUGUCUGUACCAUUAUAUUUAGUUCAUAAAAAUAUGACAAAAAAGCUGUAUGGUAUAGGAUUUAAAAUCGUCUUAUUAUGUCGCUAGACUUCACUAAGUAUAUAUUACAGAGAGAAAGUAGCUUAAAUGUUCAGUGCCUGACAAGCCAUUAUAAAAUGGUGAAAAAUUAAUUAGAUAGUGCUUCAAAUUACCAGAAAAAAUUUAUUCAAAUACAUUUAUUUUCUUUUUCCAAAGUUUUGUAUUUAUCGAUAGUUUCAAAAUCUGUGAUUGCAAAUAACGAGAACUCUUGCAUCGGGUAGGUAUUUACAUGGAACAUACCCUGUAUUUGUGACGCAUCUAUUUUUAUCAAGAAAUAGGUAAUCUUAUUUUUGAUUCUCACUGUCAAAAAUGUUUCUGUGAGCUUAUUUGCUAAAAAAUAAAACGUUGAUGAUAAUGUGAUAUGUACUUGUUCUUCUACACUGAUUAUAUUAGCUACAAAAACAUUUAUUUUCAUAUAUUUCUUGUCUUUAGGGAGGUUGCAAAGUCAAUACUCGUACGUAUAAUAAAUGCUUGCAUAUAUAAAAA